GUACUUGAAAACCAACUUACUGGCCGUUCCAAGUUCGUCUGGGGUACUUCACAUAAAACAUCGCGGCUCGGCCAUGUUUGCCGUCAACAGAUGCAGAGAUCUCACAGCGUCCCGUCUCGUCUCGUCUAGCCCUCUUGCUUAUAUUACACGUGAUGUAUAUUCUAAUAAAACCGUAUCAACUCACACCCAGAUGUUAAAACCCGAGAAAUCGGUUCUUUCUCGAUGUAAACACCCCGGUGGCAAGCACCGGUUGGAAAGAAGAUAGGGCUAAAGGUCCGUACUUGUCUUGGGGUACGCGAUGCUUGUUGUAAUUCUAGCAUUGCUCUAUGCUGUGGUGUCGCCAAGUCAUGGCCUAGAAUGGGCCAAUACUGAGUUCCGCCCUGAUCGACUUAAUAAGAGGAUACUGUCUCGAAAUGAGUCUGUGACGGUGAUAGUCACAAGCUCGUUUGACAUACUAGCUUCUAGUCUUUCAGUAGCGGGCUCAGAGCCGUACCGGAGACCUGCAGAUAUCGAUUCCAUUACGACGACGACAGCGACGACGGCUGCCUCUAUUGAUGGUAAAUCUGAUACUGAGGAACUCUCUGCGGAUGGUACCAGUUCAUCAGGAUCUGAUAUCUGGUGGAAUCUGUUCAACUUGGGGACCAUCACCUCCGUUGGAAGACCAACGCUUGUACUACCUUCAUCAACACCGGUCAGGACACCUCCUAUCUCCAUCAGUAGCUCGAGUUCUACUUCGAAUAUAGAUAGUGGAUCCUAUCCGACGGCUUCGUCAUUCACUUUCAAUACAACAUCAAAACCAUAUUGGAAUACCACUACCGGCAAUUCGUCACCGUUAGCACCCCCGCUGGCCCAGCCACCGCCGAUCACCAGCAGCACGACUUGGACUACUGCUACGCCAAGCGAGUGCCCGGGAGGAGAUGCUGGCCUGUUUACUACUACGACCUACAUCAUCACUCACACCUCUACGACGACCUGGACCGGAGACCCAUCGGAUUAUACGCCUCCGUACCCUCCAAUAAGCACACCAGUAGGGUGUACCCCUAAACAGAGUCCAACCGGUCGAUUCACGAUCACAUUUUGCGAUAGCACGGGUAAGACAUGCUCACUCAUCCAUACCAGCAUCGACCCAAGCACGACGGACAAUAUCGUCAACCCAACACGAACUGUCACUCUUGUCACAACAGACAAGAACCCCGCCGUGGUAUUCCCAACCGAAGCCCCUCCUGACUAUGGCGGGUCGCCCGAUCCCCCCAACAACCACAACACGGCGGGGGUAGGGGAUGGCAGUGUGAUUACCCCCGACUAUGGCAGAAUCACCGAUAGCACCGACCUCCCCAAGACAUCGGCGACUUCGGCGUCCACGUCGACGCCCAGCAUAGGCAACAACGCAGGCCAGCCUCCUCCCAUAACAGUGAUAGUCCAGCCCGGCGAGGUGAUAAUCGACGAUCGCACUUUCCUAGACAACCCGACGACACCUGGAACCACCACCGUGAUUGUAAAGGGCGAGACAUUCAUCAUCGAUCCGACCAGGGUAGCAGGCGCAGGAGCCACCAUCACCCGCCCCCCUUCCCUCAUCAUUACCGGAGAUAAUGACGUACUUUUCCCCACAGCCACAGCCACGCCAACGCCAACGCCGACAACAACGUCCAUCGGAGGCCUAGGGGUCGUGUACGGAGGUUCCUCCUCGGUCGCCACGAUCGACGGCACCGUCUUCACCCUCGCGCCCACGCCCACCGUAGCCGUCGUCAGGGGCCAGACCAUCACCCUUGGGCCCGCGGGGAUCGUCUUCGCCUCCCAGACCUUGCACAUCAUCGCCGCGGGAUCUUCCGCCCCUACGCAGACGGCCGUGAUGGGCGGGGAGCUAAUAACAGCCCUCGGGACAAACCGAGUCGUUAUCGGGGGCGUGACCCUCACGUACGGGCAGAGCGGCUCUGGUAGUACUAGCACCAUCACAACCGUCAUCGACGGCGAAACCAUCCUCAUCGGCCCGGCGGGCAUCAUCGUGCACGACAAGACGCUCGGCGGACCGGCCGCGGAUCUCACAGUGACUAAGUACGAGGUCAUCGGGGGUGCGACGGUCACGCAGCUAGGAGGGACGGCGGUCGAGAUCAGCGGUACGACGUACCAGUACUACAUCGGCGGCGGCCGCGGUAUCUCCGCGCACCCCACUCUCACCUCGACCGUCGUAGAUGAUGGCCACGGCCACACCCUAACCAUCGGCCCCGACGGCCGCAUCGCCAUGUCCACCUGGACCCUCGGGCCCCCGUUCGCGUCGACCACGACGUUGGUGCCGAACGGGAAUGGGAGGGAUGCAAUAGGAGCAGAAGGGAGCAGCAAUAGCAAUAAUAAUAACAAUAAUGCGGCGAUGACGAUACCAACGGCUACGGGGUCCAAGGGGACAGGGGCGGGGUCCGAGGAGAAUAGUGGUGGUAGGACUGUGUCUAUGCUAAGGCUAGGGGUUGAUCGGGAUGCUGCGACGGUGGUAGCGGCAAUGAUGAUAGUGAUGCUCGGCAUUGGGGGGUUGGGAUAAAUGUUUUUCUGGCAGUGAAUUACACACUAGGUAGGUAUUUAACUUAUUCAAUUCCGUUUCUUACCUACCUACUGUACCUACUUAUUACUCAGACUUCCUCUUACUCUUCUCCUUCUUCUCCCUCCUUCCAAUUCUCCCUGGAACGCUU